UGGAAGUCCGUGCCACGGCCACUAAGCCAUCCUUCCAACGACCGCAGCAAUUGUACCGGUUGAUUGCUUCUGUGAUUAGAGAUACUUCUUAACACCCUGCCACAUCUUAGAAUCCUUGCCGCCUCGCCGCAUAACCUCGAUCUAGUGACCUUGCGUUUUCAGCCGCAUCCGUCCACCGUCCUAAUACGCAGCUCAUCUCCGACCUUCACUCACGAUACUAGGUUCCAAUAUGUCGUCUUCGGGUUCCGGAGCAGGCGCAGGCCUUGCGAAGAUGCAGCCAACACAGAAGAAUGAGGCAGAUGCCGCACAAACAUCCAAGACAGCGUCAAAUCAGCCACCCGCAAUGCUGGAAGAGGAUGAUGAAUUCGAAGACUUCCCUGUCGAAGAUUGGUCACAAGAAGACACCGAAGUACAUGGUGGAUCAACGCACCUAUGGGAGGAAAGCUGGGACGAUGACGAUGAGAAUGAAGAUUUCAGUAAACAAUUGAAGGAGGAGUUGAAAAAGGUCGAAGCCACGAAAUCAUAAGAACUGCGUCGGCUGGAUGAGCGAAACAUUGCACUGCCUGGCGUUCGGGGUCAUAGAGGAGCUAGAGAAAAGGAAUAAAUUCACUCGGUUCGAUGCUUGCGCAUCUCAGAAGAGAAAGAAUAUCAUACACUCAAGGCUGUUUGUUCUCGUUUCCAUCAUAUAUUUGGUUUCGAGAAGCGGCCAUUAUCAACCUAACCAAAGCGUGCUCGUGUGAUCAUGCAAGGACCGCGAUCUACUUACUGGACAAUGCGACCACACCAGGCAAAUCUUUACCUUCAAGAAGCUCCAAGCU